AUGUUUAUUAAGAACGAUCAUUUGGGUGACAGAACUCGUCUUGAAGACUGGAGAAUCAAGGGUUACGAUCCGCUAACACCACCAGAUUUGCUUCAGCACGAAUUUCCACUUUCUGAACGUGGUCAUGAGAUAAUUGUAAAAGCAAGAGAGGGUGUUUGCGAUGUGUUGAACGGUACCGAUGAUCGUUUGGUUAUUGUCAUCGGUCCGUGUUCAAUUCACGAUCCAAAAGCAGCUUAUGAAUACGCUGAUAGAUUGUCAAAAAUGUCCCAAAAGCUUUCGAAAGAUCUAUUGAUCAUCAUGAGAGCUUAUUUGGAAAAGCCAAGAACUACUGUUGGCUGGAAAGGUUUGAUUAAUGAUCCUGAGAUCGAUAAUUCAUUCCAAAUUAACAAAGGUUUGAGAAUUUCAAGAGAAAUGUUCACCAAGUUAGUUGAAAAGCUACCUAUUGCCGGUGAGAUGCUUGACACCAUUUCCCCUCAAUUUUUAAGUGACUGUUUCUCCUUGGGUGCUAUUGGUGCAAGAACAACUGAAUCUCAGUUGCAUAGAGAAUUAGCCUCUGGGCUUUCUUUCCCAAUCGGUUUCAAAAAUGGUACCGAUGGUGGUUUGCAAGUUGCUGUUGACGCUGUUAGAUCUGCUGCACAUGGACAUUACUUCUUGUCAGUAACUAAGCCUGGUGUUACUGCUAUCGUUGGUACCGAAGGUAACAAGGAUACUUUCAUCAUCCUAAGAGGUGGUAAAAACGGUACCAACUAUGACGCUGAAAAUGUCAAGGAAGCAAAAGCUCAGCUACUCAAAGCCAAGCUGAUUGAUGAAAAUGACAAACAAAGAAGAAUCAUGAUUGAUUGCUCUCAUGGUAAUAGUAGUAAAGAUUUCAGGAAUCAACCGAAAGUAGCAAAAAGUAUACAUGACCAAUUAACUGCUGGUGAGAAUGGUAUCUGUGGUGUGAUGCUUGAAUCCAAUCUAGUUGAAGGCAGACAAGAUGUUUCUCCAGAGGGUGGUCGUGCUGGUUUGAAAUACGGCUGUUCCAUUACCGAUGCCUGUAUCGGUUGGGAAACGACAGAAGAAGUACUAGAAUUACUAGCUGAAGGUGUCAGAAACAGAAGAAAUGUCUUGAAUAAAUGA